AUGGCAAACCCUAAUUUCACUACCCACAAAUUCCCACUGAACAACGGAAAUGCUAUCCCAGCCAUCGGACUUGGGACAUGGCAGUCAAAAGAGAACGAUACUAGGGAAGCUGUGAAGCAUGCCCUACAACACGGUUACCGUCACAUCGACACGGCGCUGAAUUAUAGCAACGAGAAAGAAGUCGGCGAAGGAAUACACGCGUCGGGAGUACCGCGAGAUCAAAUCUGGGUCACGACUAAGCUUGACAACCAUUGGCAUCACCGUGUACGGGACGGGCUUGAAUCGUCGUUGAAUGAUCUAGGGCUUGAUUACGUUGAUCUGUUCUUGAUUCAUUUUCCAUGCUCGACGGAUCCAGAUGAUCGAUCUAAGCAUCUGGCUGAUUGGGAUUUUAUCAGGACCUGGCAAGAGAUGCAGAAGCUACUGCAUACUAGAAAAGUUAAGAACAUUGGUGUCUCGAACUUCCAGAUCACUCACCUGGAGAAACUCCUCAAUCAUCCUUCUUGUGAAGUGGUCCCGGCUAUCAACCAGAUCGAGGUAUUACACUUCAUCCCCACAAUCCCUCAUCCGGUGGUGCUCAAACUUGCAGAAAACAAAGGAAAAACCGCAGCUCAAAUUCUAUUGAUGUGGGGACUCCAACGGGGGACUAGCACGAUCCCCAAAAGUGUGACGCUCAGUCGAAUUGAUUCGAACUUUGAACUGGAUGGUUGGGGUUUGACAGAACAGGAAUUCCAAAGCUUGAACGAUAUCACCACCCGGGCCAAGGUUGUUGGAGACGGCUGGAUGCCGAUUCGGGUGUUCCUGGGGGAUGAUGAGUGA